GUUUACAUUUGGCGCUGAUGAGGAAAUGAGGACGUGGGAGCUGUGUUCUCCCAACCCUCAGUGAAGCUGUUUACAUUCCAUAGUUCGGAGUAGGUUUUUUCUUUGCUAUUGUACUGUGCAGUUUUUUGCCUGUUCUAAUUUGCCAUGACGUGGUCAGUGCUGUUUCCUUCCGGCUGCUUGUGAGCCUGUGGUAGAGAUAAGGAUACGUUUACAGUGCAUUUUUAACAAGUAGCCGAAGAUCUGCUCCACGAAGGAACUCAGGACUCUCUGGAUUGUACAGAGCUAUUUAUUUACUAGUUUCAUCUGUGUGGCACUGUGGGAAUCAAGUUCUAGAGCGUUUUACUCUCAAAAUAACAACUUGACUAAAUUUGAACUGUGUUUGAAGAAGAAAGGUGAUACACAUGAGAGAUCCUACAGCUGAAUAGUGAUAAAGGCUAUCAGGGUGGGAAGAGCAACUCAGGAAAGGAUUUCCCUUGGGUUUGUUUCCCUUUGAGAAGAGAAGAACCCGUGAACACUGAUGAUCUAAGGAAUCCGAACACUGAUACUCGGUUCAUUUUGUGAUCCUGCCUCUCUGCCCAGCUGGACCUCAGUGGCGCUCUCUGUUCUUUCACAUCUGUGAAGCUUUUUCUUCGUAUGUGGAGCUGAGACCUGGGAAUGCGUUAUUAUGGCAGCAGUUGUACAGCAGAAUGAGCUUGUGUUUGAAUUUGCCAGCAACGUUAUGGAGGAUGAGCAGCAGCUUGGUGAUCCAUCUAUUUUCCCUGCUGUCAUCGUGGAGCAUGUUCCUAGUGCAGAACUCCUACAUAACUACUCUGGGUUAACCUGUGUGGAUGAACCUAGUGACAUGAUCACUGAGAACUCUCUGGACGUUGCAGAAGAGCAGAUCAUAGAAGAUGAUGAUAUCACCCUCACAGUUGAAGCAUCUUGUCAUAAUGGAGAUGAGACAAUGGAAACAAUCGAGGCUGCUGAAGCACUUCUCAAUAUGGAUUCCCCUGGUCCUAUGUUGGAUGACAAAAGAAUAACAACUAUGUUUGACGCAACUGAAGAUGAUGAUAUCGUGUCUCCUAUUACACACGUGUCAGUCACGUUUGAUGGGAUCCCUGACGUGGUGGCAGUUCACCAAGCCCCAGACGCUUAUGCUGAAUCACCAGAGACUCCAGAACUUGAACAACCAAAGAAGAAAAAAGGGAAGAAGUCGAGACCACCUCGUCCUGAGUCUCCUACUACAACUCCAAACAUAUGUGUGAAAAAGAGAAACAGAGAUGGAAAGGGAAAUACAAUUUAUCUCUGGGAGUUUUUACUAGCACUGCUCCAGGACAAAGCUACAUGUCCUAAAUAUAUCAAAUGGACUCAAAGAGAGAAGGGCAUUUUCAAACUGGUUGAUUCCAAGGCUGUGUCCAGGUUGUGGGGAAAACAUAAAAACAAACCUGACAUGAAUUAUGAAACAAUGGGUAGAGCUCUCAGAUACUAUUACCAAAGAGGAAUACUGGCUAAAGUGGAAGGUCAGCGCCUAGUAUAUCAAUUUAAAGAAAUGCCAAAAGAUCUCAUCUAUAUAGAUGAUGAAGAUGCUAGUCCUAGCACUGAAUCAUCAGAUUCAACUCUGCUCCCAACUGCUGUGGCCAGCAGAAACCAGUCGAGCAGAUCUAGAGCAUCUGCAAAUGCAGGAACAAAGGGAGGAUCAACCACCGUGGUAAAACCAGGGAAUUCAAAGCCUGUGAAGCUGAAGGAGCAAGUAGAAGUUGCACAGCAGCAGACAUCCAGCUCCACUUCAGAAGUUUCAAGGACAACACAGUCACCACAGCCAGUGCAACACACUCAGCUUUUUCGGACAGUUCAAGUAAUGCAGCCAUUGCAGCCCAUCACAGAAGAACAGGCACCUGCAACCAGUCAUGUUCCGGAUGAACCGUUAAAUCCCUCGGUUCAGAAUGUAAGGACUUUACAGAAUCCAACCCAAGUUCCAGUGGUUGUGUCUCCUAGCAGUCAGCAGCUGCAUACUGUAACACUCCAGACAGUGCCUCUUACUACAGUGAUAGCCAGCACAGAUCCAACCUCAGCAACAACGUCCCAGAAAUUCAUUUUACAAGCCAUUCCUACUUCACAGCCCAUGACGGUCCUUAAAGAAAACGUCAUGCUACAGUCUCAGAAGCCAGUCUCACCUCCUUCCUCAAUCGUGCUGAGCCCAGCACAAGUUCAGCAGGUGAUCACCAGCAGCGUGCAGACAGUUUGCAAUGGGACAGUCAACAUGGCUUCGUCUCCAUCCUUCAGUGCUAACACCCCCAUGGUAACGUUCUCGCCCAGCAACUCACAGGUAGCUCAUCCCUCUGGCACGGUGAUCACUUCAGUUAUUAAAGCACCAGAAACAAAGCACAGCAACGUACAAGAGGCAAUGAAAGAAGAUGACAGUGACAAAGCAGGUGAUACUGAGCAGUCAGAGCAGAGAUUCCAGCAGCAACAGUUUGUGAUGGUGGUGUCCAGUUCGAAUGGCUUCCCAUCUGAUGUGCAAGUGAAGCAAGAAAAUGAGACAUUGGAACCCAGUUCAUAUGAGUAAAUUCUUAAAACAAGCAAACAAACAAAAGACCCUGUGGAUGAUUAUUUUCAUAAAUGUGAUGGGACCUCUCAGUUAUGUAUAUAUAUGAUUUGAUUCUGAAGCAAGAUGUUGCAAAGCUCCUUAAUUUCUGCAGUUAAUUGUUAGAAUUCAUGCUUUAGAAUGGAUUUUGAUUUUCUGUUAAUUGCUAAAUGUCAUCAUAUAAAUAAAAUGACAUAUUACUCAUGUUUCAAAAUACAGGCAUGAAGGAACAUGCUUUUUACGCUAUGAAGAUUUUCUCCUGAGGUUGUUGGCCAAAGUUUCAGACUUCUUUCUUAUUGUAUGUUUUCAAUCUUCUGCUGAUUUACAUUGCAGUAACAUUACUAUAACCUUUUCUGUUUAAUCCCUACAUGUAUCACUUAAUUCCAAAGCAACAGUUACUUUUAGUGGGACAUUUUUUUCAUUCCAUGUGUAUGAAUUUUUAUGACCAACUAUCUGUUCCAUACUGGUAAAUUACACCAGUUUUAGACUUUGAUAACCAGGUAUCCUCUUGCAAUUUUUGCAGCACAAGCUCUUGUGUGUGCAAAAUUGACUAUACACUCCUAUUGAGAGUAUACAAAACAUUUAUUCCAGUAAUGGACAACACCAUGUCUCUAUUUUAUAUGGAAACAUCAGAUAUAUUUAAUUACAGAAGCUAACGGCAUCACUACAGGUGCAAAUGUUUCAUGCCAUUUUGUGACUAUGAAGCUUAACAGUCUUGCUUUCUACUUCAGAUUAUUUUGUAAGGGGGGAAAGAAAUUAAAUAUAUACAAUUUAUACAGGUAUUUGGAGAUUAAUACUGCUAAGAGUUCUUUUUUUUUUUUUGAUUGUAAAUAAUGUACAUUCAAUGUCACAGGGAGGUUUUUUCAGCUAAUUUGUUUCCAUACAAAUUUUUGAUAGAUGCAAAUAAGAUCAUUAUGUUUAGAGGUCUAAUGUUAUAUGUAUUCAUAUUACAGAGUGAAUUUGUAUUUAAAGACAAAUUUUUAAAUGAUGGAGCCCUCUGAACCUUGGGUCCUUGCCUUUUGUAUUUUUAAUUGGUUUAUUAUGAAAAUAAAUCAAGUGGAAAAACA